AUGUCCACCAACGACAACAAGCUGCCCGCGGCGCUCCAGGCGUCCGAGGAGGACAUUCAGCUCCUUCUCUCGGCUCAGUGCCACCUCGGUACCAAGAACUGCGACAAGACGAUGGAGCCGUAUGUCUGGAAGAGGAGGGCUGACGGUAUCCACGUCAUCAACAUUGGCAAGACCUGGGAGAAGAUUGUCCUUGCUGCCCGUAUCCUUGCGACCAUCGACAACCCCAACGAUGUCGCCGUCAUCUCGGCCCGCCCUUACGGUCACCGUGCUGUGCUCAAGUACGCCGGCUUCACUGGUGCUCAGGCCAUCGCUGGUCGGUUCACCCCCGGUAACUUCACCAACUACAUCACCAAGAGCUUCAAGGAGCCCCGGGUCAUCAUUGUGACCGACCCCCGGGUCGACCACCAGGCUAUCAGGGAGGCUGCCUACGUCAACAUCCCCGUCAUCGCCUUCUGCGACACCGACGCUUCCCUCAAGUUCGUCGACGUUGCCAUCCCCACCAACAACAAGUCCCGCCACUCUAUCGGUCUCAUGUGGUACCUCCUCUGCCGAGAGGUCCUCCGUCUCCGCGGCUCCAUCCCCCGCGGACCCACCGGUCCUUCCGGCUGGGACGUCCUCCCGGACUUGUUCUUCUACCGUGACCCGGAAGAGAUCGAGAAGGAGGCUGCCGACAAGGCCGCUGCCAUUGCCGCUGCCGAGGGUGGUGAUGCCGAGGGAGCCGCUUCUGCCGCUGCCGCUGCCGUCUCCACCGAGUGGGACGCCGGAAACACCGCCGACCAGGUCUUCAACGCCCAGCCUACUGGUGCUGCCGAUGACUGGUCCGCUGAGCCCACCAACGCCGACUGGGCCGCCGAGCCCACCGCUGCCCCCGCUCAGGAUGCCCAGGGCGGUUGGUAA